CCGGAAGAAGAGAAAGGAGGAAACAGAGGGAAAGAAAGGAUGUGACCAUGAUUUGCUGGCCAUGAGGACUGACCUGGUGGAGCAGAAGCAGCCCAGGCCAGAUCAAUAUGGAAAUAGACAGACGAUUGGAAAAAAAACUGAAGAUCACACAAAAGGAGAGCAGGAAAUCCAAAUCUCCUCCCAAAGUGCCCAUUGUGAUUCAAGACGAUAGCCUUCCCACGGGCCCCCCUCCACAGAUCCGCAUCCUCAAGAGGCCCACCAGCAACGGUGUGGUCAGCAGCCCCAACUCCACCAGCAGGCCAGCCCUUCCUGUCAAGUCCCUCGCACAGCGGGAGGCAGAGUACGCAGAGGCCCGGAGACGGAUCCUGGGCAGUGCCAGCCCUGAGGAGGAACAGGAGAAACCCAUCCUCGACAGGCCAACCAGGAUCUCUCAACCUGAAGACAGCAGGCAGCCCAGUAAUGUGAUCAGACAGCCUUUGGGUCCUGACGGGUCACAAGGCUUCAAACAGCGCAGAUAAAUGCGGACAAGAAAGGAUGCCGCUGCCACCGCUGCCGCCACCAUCAUCGCCUCCUGGAUUGUCUGCCAUGGGUUGCACUGCCAUGGCAGACAUCUGGACUUGAGCAGAGGGAACGACCUGACUUACUUGCACUGUGAUCCCCCUUGCUCCGCCCACUGUGACCUUGAACCCCAUGCACUGUGACCUCUGCCUUCCCCCCUUCCCACUGUGAUUGGCAUGUUGACAAGGGCUGUCCCAAGUCAAUAGAAAGGGAAAGGGUGGGGAUCGGGGAGGAUUGGGGGAACCUACCAAGGACUCAGAGUAGAGGGUCAGACAGUGCCACUUGGCCACUUGGGGUAAAGCCAGUGCCAGCAAUAACAGUUUAUCAUGCUCAUUAAUUUGGGAUUUCAAACACAAAUGAGAACUCCCCCCCACCCACCCCAAGUGCAUGUCGCCAUCACUUAAAAGUAAGUUCCAUUGAAAAUAUCCUUUCCUUUUUUUUUUCUUCCUAUUUUUGUUUAUACAAAGAAUCUGAUUUGCAAGAAAAAAGUGCAUGGAAGGGGUUUUAGCAGUUUAAUGAAUUUUUAAUUGAGAAAGGGUAGUUUGGUAGUCACUUAAAGAUGUUUCUAGGAAAUUUGCUAGAAACAUUAACCAAUAGGAUUUUGGAAAGCUUAGCUUCUGUAUUCCUACUGCUGCCCAGAAAAGGGGCUGGGCUCGGGAGUCCCCCUUCCCCCAACCACCACCGUGGGUGAGCAUCUGUGCCUAUCGCCUUCCUUCCUCUGGCUAAGUCCCACCUGAGUUGUCUAGAGAUCGCUCCGGGAGCCUGGGGGGGGGGGGGUGCUGACCCCACCUUAGUAUUGUGGGAGAUGGGGAAAGUGACAGGUUUCCCUUUCCAUAUCCCUCAGGGUGGCUCCCUACCAGCCAGGUUUGCGGCUUCUAGGGAAGGGCAGGGAGCGACUCCGGGCUCAGAGAGGCAGUGGUGGCACUUGUCCAGUGUUUGCUGUCAGUGUAAGCCCAGGAGAAAGUCUGGCUUUAGAACUCCAGGCCUAUGCCUGGGGUGGUCAGAAGGUAGAUGGUCCUGUCCCUUCCAGCAAGACUGGAAUGCUUAAGGAUCUGAGGCGUGCCACAUCUGUUGAUGGUCCUGGCUCAGAAACUAUAGCUGGUACAUUUCCUGGGUGAAAUGAGUACAGUAGGAGUAAAGCAGUUGGAGAAGAGUUCGUUAAGGAAAAACUUUGCAUUGCAAAGGCAGGUGGCUGACAGGUUCCCCAGAGGCCUCAGAUGUGCUUUCCCUUCUUAGAGCAAGGCUGGCAUGAAGGCCAUUUCUCCAAGCCAGGAAAGAUUUGCUUUGUCUCUUGAUGGGAGAGGCUUGAGAAAGCAGCUGUAUCCUACCGGGAUACAGGCUUUGUAGCCUCUUCCAGUGCACUUCGCCUUAUGCCUGGGCCAGCCUGGCAGCCUCCCCUCUCCUGACCAGCACUCAGGUUUGGGAGUGGGUGGUGGUGUGGGAUUAUCAGGGCAGCCAUGGCGGCCAAGGUGUUGAGCUUGAGCUGAGUUUUGCAGGAUCACACCACCUUCAGUUCCCCUGGCUUAUGCCCUGUGGCAGUGGCCCACAUCAUCAUCCCCUUAGCAAGCAGCUCUUCCCCCAGCACAGCCCUAGUCCUGCCUGAAACCAGGGGCCAUCUGGGAGUGAGCUGUGACAGAGCCUCAGCAAGGGGGUUGAUCACCCCCAGGAGCAGGUAGAAAGGAACUUGGCUGCUAGCACAUAGGCUAGGGCCCACCCACAGGGAUAGUGGUUGUGGUUGAAGGACAGACUGCCCUUUCUUUGGAGAAGGGUGUAGAAACCCCGCUUGCCAGGCCCCCUCUACUGGGAGCCAAGGGCAGCUGGUGUCUGCACAUUGAGAGCAUGCAGGAGUGGCUCUCCCAUCUCACUGUGGCCCAUGGAGGCCCCGCCCACAGUGCGCCUGCCUACCAGCAGCCAUGUAUUUGGCCUCCUAGAUGGAGACGUGGCUGGCAUGCUGAGAGAAGGAAAGAAAGGAAGGAAGAAAAAACAGACUGGUGUUGGGGGAGGUGGGAAGCAUGGGAAACGGUUUGGACUUUGUGUGUAUGUGUGUGUUUGUGGGUUGGUUUAUUUUAAUUUGUGUGUGUGUGAUUAUUUUUUCCUUUUUUUUUUUUUUUUUUUUUUUUUUUGUAGUUGUCUAUAACUCCAUAAGUGCUAUUUUUCUUUUUCUUUCUUUCUGUCUUUAAGUUGCAGGCUUUGGCUUGGAAAUCCCCAGGGGAAAGAGGGGCAGGAACCUGAGGCUGCUGCCCUUUUGUCUGCCUUCACGGUACUGUCCCUUCCCCCAGCUCUUCCUGGACCCCAUGAGCCAGGCCUCAGCCCUUCCAGCUAACCGCUUCCCAUGAGCCACUACUCUGAUGUCAGCCUAUAACCAAAGGAGCUGGGGGUCCGGGUCUGGUGACCAGCCCUUCUCAGUCCCCUCAAUCAGGGUGCUCCCCACCUGCAGGCAGGAGGCAACACCCUAUCUGCUGCCAUCAGCCCCUUCCAGAGCCCGCCUGUCCCGCCCAGCCCUGUCCUGCCCCGCCAUACCCUGCUCUGCCCCAUCUGGGGGUGCUCUGCUCAGGGAUGGGCCGGCAGGGCUGUAUCCAGUCUCCCUGGUAAGCAGAGACUCAAGAAAACCUCCGGGAUCCUGCUUCUGGUCAUAUGGCCCAGGGAGGACCCUUGGGCAUCUGUACAGAAGGGACUGGGAGGGAGGGCCGCACCCUGCAGUCUUGCUCUGCUGGUGUAGCAGGCAGCUCCCCACCCUAACCCCCACCGCGGGCUCCUGAGUCGGCAGAUUAAGCAUUUUAUAAAUUGUAUUUUAAAUACAUGUUUUAAACUUGUCA